ACACAAAAAAAAAAAAAAACAUUAAGAGAUAAUGAAUUUCUUGCAGUUAGAUAAGCGUCUUGACACGACGGAGCAAGUGGUUGAAGAAAUCAUGAGAAUUCACAGAUCUUUACCACCAAGACCAGGACUCGACGAGGUCGAAGCCGCGAGGUCUCUUAUCCAAAACGUGGAGAAGGAAGACCAAUCUUGGUUAGAAGCCAUUGCUAACCAGAGGAAACCUUCUGAUGUACCUAACGACCUUUUCACCGUCUUGCAAGAGAUGAAGAAAGGCUUUGUUCGGUUUCGUAGCAAAGAACAGAUUAGAGAAGCUGUGAAGCUUCUCGAUCUGGAAACUGUUCAUUCUUUGUUUGAUGAUUUCAUUCAGAGAGCUUCUGAUUGUAUUUCUUCUAACGGCUCUGCUCCGUCGUCUCGUCCUCCGCAGCGUGCUCCGACGCCGGUGGCUCCUUCGGGUUUGUAUUUUAACGAGAAGACGCCUGCUCGUCCCAAGGAGAUGGUUUCAAGAGAUGAUAGCUUCGUGAGUAAAGCUAAACCUUCUCUGUAUGGUGAUGGUUUUGUAGCUCCGAGAACACCUCAGAUUGUGGAUUCAUCACUUACCGCCGGAAAAUUCUCCGGCAAUGAUGGUGAGAAGAUGAGUCUAAUCAAGCUUGCUAGUUUAAUUGAGGUAUCAGCCAAGAAAGCUACCAAAGAGCUGAACUUACAGAACAAACUAUCUACACAAGUCGAGUGGCUACCAGAUUCUAUCGGCAAGUUAUCCACUUUAACAUCACUCGACAUGUCUGAAAACCACAUUGUGGUGUUACCAAACACAAUAGGAGGACUCUCUUCCUUGACAAACCUAGAUUUGCGUUCCAAUAGAAUCAGCAAUCUCCCUGAGUCUAUCGGAGAGUUGAUCAACUUGGUUUACCUAAAUCUCAGUGGUAACCAGUUAUCAUCUCUGCCUUCUUCCUUCAGCAAGUUGUUGCAGCUCGAGGAGCUUAACUUGAGCUGCAACGACCUCCCUGUCCUCCCUGAAUCCAUCGGUUCACUUGUGAGCCUCAAGAAGCUCGACGUUGAGACAAAUUAUAUUGAAGAGAUCCCUUACUCCAUCGGUGGAUGUUCUUCACUUAAAGAACUCCGUGCGGAUUACAACAAGCUCAAGGCUCUUCCUGAAGCUAUUGGGAAGAUAACUACUCUAGAGAUCUUGUCUGUUCGUUACAAUAACAUCAGACAGUUGCCAACGACCAUGUCUUCUUUGGCUAGUCUUAAAGAGCUGGAUGUGAGUUUCAACGAGCUUGAGGCUGUACCAGAGAGUUUGUGUUUCGCCACUACGCUUGUGAAGCUGAAUGUUGGGAACAACUUUGCUGAUAUGGUGUCGUUACCGAGGUCGAUAGGGAACCUUGAGGUGCUUGAAGAGCUUGAUAUAAGCAAUAACCAGAUCCGUGUGCUUCCGGAAUCGUUUAGGAUGCUUACAAAGCUGCGUGUCUUUCAUGCUCAGGAGAAUCCACUACAAGUUCCUCCUCGUGAUGUAGCUGAAAAAGGCCCUCAGGCCGUUGUUCAGUACAUGAAUGAUCUUGUGGAGCAGAGAAACGCGAAAUCACUAGUGGUUAAGCCGAAGAAGAGCUGGGUCCAGAUGUGCUUCUUUCCCAAGUCCAACAAGAAAAAACAGAGCAACAUGGAGAUUGUGUAAAAGCUGCUGACAAUGUCUCUGGUCCGUUUUCAGGUAAAUCCGUUCAUACUAUUGACAGCACAAGUGAUAGACAAAUCCAGCUAUCUUCUUCACACGACAAUGCAAAGAGAGAGAGAGAGAAGCUUUGGUUUUGCGUUGCAUUUCCCAAGUGGUGUAGAUGUUUUCACUAUUCAUUAUUUGUUUGAAUGUUUAUUUACUACCGUUCACAUGUAUCACUGUGCACCAAAAUUUGUUUCAUUCAUGUCUCUCCACAUAUCUGUUCUUCUUGCUUUUCAUGGUUAUGAUGACUGAACUGUAGAACCGGUCCAAAAACAGAAUCGAACCAUCUUUGUGUGCAGUCUAUCGUUUUGUUUUUUUUUUUUUGUUGAUGUGUAAUCGUCACGAGACAUGUUCUUUCUUUCAUGUGUGUGUUAUCAUGUCAUUAUCCACGUCACGUGUGAACCAAUGAGUGAAGCACAGGUUUUCUUCAUCAUUAGAAAAUACAAUAUAUCUCAUCUGUCUUGGAUCGUGUAAUCACAUUGUGG